AUGACGAACCAAGUGACGUGUUACAUCAAGGUGUGCAGGAGGGGGAAAAAAGCUGCCACCAUAGGUGUGGGCAGUCCAGGGAUGGUGAUGCGCAGCACUCGAGGUGUUUCUGUUUGGCCCGUGGGGUUUGUGGGUGGCCGAUCAUAUGAGCGCCCCCUGGUGUCCGGGGGGAAAGUUGUUGGAUGGUACACUGGCUGGAGACCAGACAGACCCUUUGCUACAGACAUGGCAGGCUUUGCGGUGAAUCUCCAGGUGAUCCUUUCCAACCCGCGGGCGCUGUUCAAGAGGCGGGGGUCUCAGCCCGGGAUGCAGGAAUCUGACUUCCUGAAGCAGAUCACCAAGGUUUCUGAGCUGGAGCCCAAGGCCAACAAUUGCACACGGGUGCUGGUUUGGCACACUCGCACAGAGAAACCACACCUGGCAAAUGAGCCCAAACUUAAGAAGGACACUGUGGACAUCGAGGUGUGACUGCAGCCGUGCGUCACGCCUCAGCGUUACAUCCUGAAUGGAGGGGCAAAGACUCUUAGGAUCUGCAUGAUUCAUGACUCUCUGCUGUUCAUCCAAAUAAUUUCUUGGGGGAACUGGACUCAUUUAAGAGAACUGGAACAUCUUGGACCAUUUGUUUUCUUCCAUCUGCUUCCUGCUGAUGUAAAUACAAAAGUAAAUGUAAUAUAUUGCGCUGCUGAACAGAGUGCCAUAUGUGUCUCUUUUAAUCAUUGUGUUGUCAAAUUGACUGUGGGACGAUGUAUGAAGAGGUCAUUUAGAUUAGGGCUGGGCGAUAUGAAGAAAAUCUUAUAUCGCAAUGUAUUUGGGCUAUAUCGUGAUAUACGAUAUAUAUCACUAUAUGUUUAAAUUACCUGCAUAAACAGUAGAGUGCAUAAAAUUGCACUGAUAUACUCAUUCAAACUUUUGGUUUCAAAUUUAAAACAUUUUGUUUUAACCAGCAGAAAGCUUUUCACU